AUGGGGACACGAAUCCCUUCUCACCAGCUCAGCAGCGGCCUCUACGUGUCGGGUCGACCCGAACAGGUGAAAGAGCGCCCGCCGACAAUGACGUCACGCUCCGUUCCAUAUACCGGCGGGGAUCCCAAGAAGUCCGGCGAGCUGGGGAAAAUGUUGGAAAUCCCCGGCGUUGAUCAGAAACCGUCGAGGCCGUCAUCCGGGUCGGUGAGAUCCGGGCCAAACUCGGGCCCCGCGGUGGGGAGGCUCAGUGGGUCGGGGCCCAUGUCGCGGAGGUCGUCAGGGUCGGGUCCGAUAGCGCUGCAACCCACGGGCCUGAUAACAUCGGGUCCGGUGGGGUCCGGCCCGGUCGGGAGCCGACGGUCGGGGCAGCUGGAGCAACCGUCUGCGGCGGCGUCGGUGUCGGCGGGGAAGACGGUGUAUGGUUCCGCGGUGACUAGUCUGAACGAGGAGUUAAAGGUGGGGUUCAAGAUGUCGAGGGCGGUGGUGUGGGUGUUCAUGGUGGUGGUGGCAAUGAGUUUGCUCGUUGGGGUGUUUCUCAUGGUGGCGGUGAAGAAAGCUGUGAUCUUGUUGGCUCUCGCAGCGGUUAUUGUGCCCGUGGUGGUUUUGAUCGCUUGGAAUUGCGUUUGGGGGAGACGAGGGCUUCUAGGGUUUGUGAAAAGGUACCCUGAUGCUGAGCUUAGAGGCGCCAUUGAUGGACAAUACGUUAAGGUUACCGGGGUUGUAACCUGUGGAAGCAUUCCUUUGGAGUCAUCCUACCAAAGAGUUCCUAGAUGCGUGUAUGUCUCCACCGAAUUAUAUGAAUAUAAAGGAUUGGGUGGAAAAUCAGCAAAUCCUAAACACAGUUGCUUUACUUGGGGUUCUAGAUACUCUGAGAAAUAUGUAGCGGACUUCUACGUGUCAGACUUUCAGUCUGGAUUAAGAGCAUUGGUGAAAGCAGGCUAUGGUGCCAAGGUUGCUCCUUUUGUGGAACCAACUACCGUAGUUGAUGUAACAAAGGAUAACAAAGAGUUAUCUCCAAAUUUCUUAGGCUGGCUUGCAGACCGCAAACUCUCUAGUGAUGACCGGAUCAUGCGUCUCAAGGAAGGGUACAUAAAAGAAGGCAGCACCGUAAGUGUGAUGGGUAUUGUCCAACGCCACGAUAAUGUGCUUAUGAUUGUUCCUUCGGCGGAGCCUGUCUCAACAGGCUGCCAGUGGAUUCGCUGCCUUCUGCCAACCUAUGUUGAAGGGCUAAUCUUGACAUGCGAAGAUAAUCAAAAUGCUGAUGUUAUUCCUGUUUAG